GGGGUCCUGGUCUGACUCUUAAUAUUAAUCUUGCUCGGCGUCAAGGGACCACGCUUCCAACAUUUCCAUUCAUCAGCGCGCUGGACACGGCUGCACUCGUUUUGUUACACGUUUUUUUUUGACGACUUACGACUAUUCACGAAUACACGCAACGGAAAUGGCACCACAUUUCGAUGAGUUUGACGCGCUCAACGAUGUGUUUCUGGUCGAAGGAAUUCCAGGCUACCAGUCCGCUCUUCCCACUCGCGUGAAGUAUACACCCCGCUCUGCGAUGUUGCGUGAACUUAUGGCACCAAAUGUGAUUGGGUCUUCAACCCUUCUUAAUCCAGGCCCCAGUCCACAUGACUCUCAUAAUAACACUGCCCUUGUCUUGGUCAUAGUCUGCAGUAUCCUUUGUGGGGCUCUCCUCCUCGGGGUUGUGAGCACUUGCUAUAUCGGCUACAGAGGGCGCCGUGCCCGAGCUCGCCAGAUGCGUGCUGCUAGAGAUCGUCUUGCUCGUGCUAGUUUCAAGUCUCGCGGAUCAGACCCGCCUUGCCAUGUUUCUGUGCUUCCCGAUCCUAGAAGCGAGUGGAUACGUCUAGGACUUGAUUCGCCUAUCCUGGGAAGUUCAAAGAAGGGGGCUCAAGUGGUGGACAAUGCAUUGAAUGGGACACUUCCUCCUCUCAAAAUCCAAUUGCAGCAAAGUAAUGAAGAUCAGAAGAGGAUAUUGAAGCACUCAUUCUCCCCGCCUGUUCCUUCCCCCUUAGCUUCGCGGCCUGUCUGGAUCGCAUCGGAUAGCAAUUGGGGAUGUACAUUUGGAAGGGACCCCAUCAACAACGAAAGAUCAGAGAAAACUGGCCAUAUGAUCUCCCUCCUUGAAAAGUCUCCACAACUUGAUGGCGUCGCUUCAAUGGGCAUCGAUGAUUCUCCUACUUUAGAUUCAUGCCCUUCAACAGCUAAACUCCCAGCCCUUUUUCCUGACAUCCUAUCCAACUUUACUCUCGGGUGUGAAGAGAAGGAGCCUCCUUUGGCUCACAGAGACAGUCCUUCCCUUGACAGCGUGACCUAUGAUUCUGGCGAGGAUUCCACCUCCAGUGAAACUGGUAGUACUCAGCUUACAUCUAAAUCGACUUUCAUUCGUACCGCCGAAUCUACAGAAAUUGAUGCACUGUUGAAGGAAGUUGCGCCUUGGGAUCAUCUUGACUCGGACGGCGGCGUUCACACAUUCGGGAGUGCCUCUUCAACCACAUAUUCCCUCAGGUCAUCUGCAUCGCUUCCCUCAGUUCUUCCAUCUUCAACUUCACUCGCUACUGCCAAAAGUCGUCUUAGUGUACCUAUCUCCACCUCCUCGUCUUCUUUAAACACCAGUACAAGCACGCCUCUGGGUUCUAUGCCUUCUCGCUCGUCCAUGAACCUUUUGCAAGAUUUCCCUCUUCCCCCUCCGACUAUCAUAGUUACUACCCCUUCUAUGGCAUCUCUUGCGACUAAAAAGAGGGCAGCACACGAUAGUGGAGCAUUUACAGAUGAAUGGGAUGGAACAGAUGAAGAGGCUUCAGAAGAUGAGGAGCGUGUUGUUUCGAUAGAUUCGAAGAUAGUGGAGGCUACUGUCGUCGCGUUGAAGACCGUAUUUGGGGAAGGUAAACCGAAAGUCGGGGGGAAUGCCACGUAUGUGAAUGGCGCCAAAGGAAAGGAGAACAAACCGAUUGAACGGAGUGGCGUUGGUGGCAGGAUUCAGACUCCGAGAUUGAAACAUGGGAGAUCCUCUUCCACCCCUCGUCAGUCGGAAAGGAAUUCCUCGUCGGCAUCUAAACGCUCGUCUAUUCCUCUACUGUUCAAACCAAGGGAAUAAGUUGCCCACAGUUGUAGGUGUGCAAUUCAUGGUGUGGUCGUGUAAAUUUACAUAGGUUACGAGCCGUCCAUUUUUUAAUCCUUGAUUUGUUGUACUUUUUACCUGCGAUCUUAAUGAUGUCU